GCUUUUUAUAAGCUUACCGCAUACAAUUUUUUUACAUCCUGACAUCACGUUCGGUCUAUUCUUUCGUUCGAGUGCUUAACCAAAUCUGAUGGAUGUAAGAUCCGUCACGUAAUUCAUACAAGCGGUUACAAUUUUAUAUUGGAUACGUCUAUUGCUUGACAACAAGAGUUUGUUUCAAUAGAUUUACGAAAAAAAUGAGCGAACUCGUUUGGGGAAUAAAAAAUGGUGAUCUCGAGCAAGUUCGGGAUAUCGUUGAGAAUAAGAAUAUCGAUGUAAAUCAAAUGAUAGAUGGAAGAACACCAUUACAUUAUGCUGCAGAUUAUGGACAAUAUGAUGUAGUUAGAUAUCUUUUAGAGAAGGGUGCGGAUGCUAAUGCUACAGAUAAGCAUGGUAUAACAACAUUACUGGCUGCAAUUUGGGAAGGCCAUACUCAUUGCGUUAAGUUAUUAUUAGAAAAAGGUGCUAGACCGGAUGGAUUAACUCCCGAUGGGACAAGUUAUUUGAAUGCCGCCGAGAAAGAAGAAAUCAAACAACUUCUCAGAAUGCACUAGCAGAAAUCCAAACGUAUACAAGGCGAUAACUUUUUUUAUUCUAGUAUGUUAAUGUUCUUAAUAUAAUAUCGCGAUUGCUUUGUUUUUAAUUUCGUGCAUACUUUUAACCAUCAUAUUUAUAUACAUAUAUAUAUACACACACACACAUGUAUAUAUAUAUAUGUGUGUGUGUGUGUGUGUGUGUGUGUGUUUUAAAUGAAAGCUGUCAGAAAUAUGGGGGUCACAGUUUUAUAACGAUAUGUCGCACAUGAAAGAUACAUAAUCAGGGAAUUAUUUUUUAGUAGAUUUUCAAUUAUACCAAUAAGUAUAAGUUCUAAAUUUAUACUGUAUAGUAACAUCUUUUUAUGUGUUAUAUGCAUUGGAAUUAAUAUUAUUUUUCCAAUUUAACCAAAUUAUACUGUAGAGAAUAUUUUGAUACAUUCUAUAAAAUGAAUUCAUUUUAAUCUAUUUAUUAUUUGUUUAUUAAUAUCGAUCAUUCCUUUCACAUAUCUUUUACGAAGGCUGCUUUAAAUCUUAUAUUUGUAAUCACUGAAAUUAAGAAAAAAAGAAAAGAAAAAAAAAAAAAAAAAAAAAAAAAAAGAGAAAAGAAAAAAAAAGGGAAAAAAAAGAAUUUAGUUACAAUAUGAACAUUAAGUAUUACUAAAAAUGGAAUAUCUAACAAUGUGAGUUUCCAUUUGCAUUAUUUUUUGAGAUUACUUUAUUUUUAAUCCUGGUUAAAAGUUUCUUUUUCUUAAAUAUAAACUAUGUCAAAAAAGAUUACGAAUGCGUUUGUGAAGAUCAUAUCUCAUAUAUAUUGUCUCGGAAGAUAUAAAAAAAAUGUACAACAAUCAAAAAUCAUAACUCAUUGGAGCAUUGUUAUGAAUUUUGUUGACUCUCUUGUCAACUUCAUACACAUGACUAAUAGUUUAUUAGAGUGCUGCGCAUUCAACUGGCCUAUUCUGUGAGAUUUAAUACCAACUUGAUUGGUACGGCAUUCAUCCACAUGCAUUGCAUCCCUUCUACUAGUAGGUGGUACAAAAUUAAACAGAUUGUUUAAUAACAAAGUUAGCAAAAUAUUAUGACACAUAUGUAGAUGUCUGCUUAGUGGAACAGGCUAAAGAGGAAAAGACUGUAAUAUAUAAUCGAUGAAUUUAUGCAAUAUAUAACAUGCGUUUUGUAUAUUUUUGUUCUGUUUUAAUGUUAUGUCACAUUUGGAUGUUUGCAAAAUGAAUACAUGUAUACAUUGAUAA